GCAGACCUCAGACUCCUGCAGGCUUCGCGAUGGGAGAGGAGCUCCGAGUGUCUCCGCUGAAGAACUUCCUGGCGGGGGGGGCGGCGGGGGCCUGCCUGCUGCUGGCGGGACACCCGCUGGACACCAUCAAGGUCAGGCUCCAGACGCAGCCUAAAGCUGCUCAGCGCGUCGUUUACACCGGAAUGUACGACUGUUUCAGGAAGACUGUCUCCAAAGAGGGCCUCCGGGGCCUCUACAGGGGCAUGGCGGCCCCCCUGGCCGGCGUGGCCCCCAUGAUGGCCAUCAGCUUCUUCGGCUUCGGUUUAGGAAAACAGCUGCAGCAGCCGGACCCCAGCCAAUCACUGACACACUCUCAGAUCUUCCUGUCCGGCUGUCUGGCCGGAGUUUUCACCACGGUGAUCGUGGCUCCAGGAGAACGGAUCAAAUGUUUACUCCAGGUCCAGUCCAGCAGCGGCGGGUCCAAGUACGCCGGGCCGGUGGACUGCGCCGUCCAGCUGUACAGGGAGCAGGGCGUCCGCAGCGUGUACAGGGGGACGGUCCUCACGCUCAUCAGAGACGUUCCCUCUAACGGCCUCUACUUCCUGACCUACGAUUACCUGAAGAACCUGCUGACCCCGGAGGGCCAGAGUGUGUCUCAGCUCAGCACUCCCAAGAUCCUCCUGGCCGGCGGCGUGGCGGGAAUCUUGAACUGGACCAUCGCCCUUCCUCCAGACGUCCUCAAGUCCAACUUCCAGACCGCUGCAGACGGGACCUACAGAGGUCUGCUGGACGUCCUGAAGACGCUGCUGAGGGACGAAGGACCCACGGCGCUCUAUAAAGGCUUCAACGCCGUCUUCCUCAGAGCUUUUCCAGCAAAUGCAGCCUGCUUCCUGGGCUUCGAGUUCGCUCUGAGGGGUUUGAACCUUCUGGCUCCCGGCUGGUGAACAGGCUUCUCGUCUCUCUCCU